AUGCGUAUCUCGGUCUUUUUUUCGGUCGUGUCAGUCUUAUCUAAUCCGAUCCUAGGCUCCCUAAUUCCACCGGGUUUCAUUGGCAAUGAACAAUCUCACAAUCCCUUCAUCGGCAAACGCGACACGAGUUCUACCGGAUACGACUAUGUGGUUGUUGGUUCAGGUGCAGGAGGAGGCCCUGUUGCAGCCAAUCUUGCUAUCGCGGGCUACAAGGUUCUCUUGAUUGAUGCUGGUGGCGACUCUGGUGAUGACCUCGUCGAGAAAGUCCCAGCUUUGAACCUACUAUCGACCGAAUUCGAGAAGACGCGAUGGAACUACUUUGUCAACCACUAUCCCGAUAUUGAACAGCAGAAGCAAGAUUCGAAAAUGACCUACGAGAAGUCCGACGGUAGCUUCUAUGUUGGACUCGACCCACCUAAGGAUGCUAAGCCACUGGGCAUCUUGUAUCCUCGCGCUGGAACUCUAGGUGGAUGUACGCGACACAAUGCUCUCAUCACGAUUGGUGCUCAUGAUAGCGACUGGAGUCACAUUGCUACUCUUACAGGCGACAACUCAUGGAAUCCGAACAACAUGAAGUCGUACUUCAAAAAACUCGAGAAAAAUAUGUACCUGCCUAGCAGCAUUGUCGGUCAUGGCUUCAAGGGCUGGCUUGGAACAUCUUUGACCUCACUCACAUUGGUCUUGGAAGAUUUGAAGUUUCUCUCUCUCGUCAUCUCAGCUGCCUCGGCUACAGGCAAAAGUCUUGUAGGGUUUCUUGUCCAUACAAUUGGUGGACUUGGCCAGAUCUUGCUUCGCGAUAUCAACGCUCCGGGCCAGACAAGCAAGACUGGUCUUUACCAGGUUCCGCUCUCCAUGACCAACUCAGUUCGAGGCGGACCUCGCGAUUUGAUUCUUGACACGGCCAAUGCUGUGAACAAGGACGGUUCUCGCAAGUAUCACCUUGAUAUCAAGCUAGAUACUCUUGUGUCCAAGAUUCGCUUCGACAAGAGUGGUUCCAAGCCUCGUGCCGUUGGCGUCGACUAUCUUGAAGGCUCCAGUUUAUACAACGCCGAUCCUCGCUCUACGUCCACAAAGCCCAGUGACUCCGGUAGUGUUAACGCCAAACGCGAAGUAAUUAUCUCUGCUGGUAGCUUUAACACGCCUCAACUGCUCAAGCUUAGUGGUAUCGGACCUAAGAAGGAGCUCGAGUCUUUCGAUAUUCCUGUUUUAGUUGACCUUCCGGGUGUCGGAACCAAUCUCCAAGAUCGCUAUGAAGCAACAGUGAUUGGCAAGACGGCAAAGGAUUUUGUCAUCACAUCCAAGUGUACUUUCAUGGAGACGGAUCCUGAUCCUUGUCUGGAAGAUUGGAAGAAAGGUCUAGGACCUAUUGACAAAGGUGUAUACGCCACCAACGGAAUUGCACUGGCAGCUGUUAUCAAGUCCUCAGUUGCUGAGAAUGAACCAGAUCUUCUGGUUUCUGGCGCGCCUGCUAAGUUCAAAGGUUACUUCCCCGGCUACGCUCUUGACUCACUGGCAGAUGCUCGACACUGGGCAUGGAUUAUUCUCAAGGCUCACAGCCGCAACAACGCUGGAACUGUCACAUUGAAGUCGAAGGACCCGAGAGAUAUGCCGGCAAUCAACUUCAACUACUAUGGUACAGGACUUAACGAAAACGGAGAAGGCGAUAAGGACUUGCAAGCAACAUAUGAGGGAUUUCAGUUUGCCCGAAAAGCAUUCGACAGCCUUAUUCCUCUUGAUGGAGACUUUGAUGAAGUCUGGCCUGGUAGAAACGUGACGAAGGAGGAAGACGCAAAGCAAUUCCUGAUGGAUGAGGCAUGGGGUCACCACGCUUCUUGCACAUGCCCUAUUGGCUCAGACGAUGACCCCAUGGCUGUCCUCGAUUCCAAAUUCAACGUCCGUGGCACUGAGGGUCUUCGGGUUGUUGAUGCAAGUGUCUUUCCCAAGAUUCCUGGUUUUUAUAUUGCCUUGCCUCUCUACAUGGUUGCUGAGAAGGCCAGUGAUGUGAUUAUCAAGGCAGCCGAGUCAUCUUAG